AUGUCGUCACCAGCCGCCAUGGACCCCGCCGCGGCGGAAGCGGCUGCUGCUGCUGCUCAAGCAGCUAUGCAAUCAUUCACAAUAGAGGCGUGGACCCUCUUGAUAGUCGGCAUUCUUUUUACUAUGUUAAGGACCUACGCUAGGGUCAGGUCUGUAGGCUUCAAAGGUCUUCAAGCGGAUGACUAUCUUGUUUGGAUCGGUGCGAUAUUCUAUGCCAUUGAGACUGCGCUGGCGCAUUCUGUCGGGGCUGUCGCGAAGGGUAUGGCGAAUAAUGCCAUGACGGAUGAGCAACGAGCAGCUCUAUCCCCAGACAGCGAGGAGUAUCAACUGAGGGUGGUCGGCUCCAUUAUUCAGCUAUGUGGAUGGUCAAGUUACUCGGUCUUAUUGUGGUCGCUCAAGGCAUCACUGCUGGUGUUCUAUUUACGGCUGACUGACCCUCAGAACGGUGCACAGCUCGCCGGAUCAUGGGCUGUUCGUGAGACAUUCGUCGCCGUCAUCACCGCCAACCUGCCUAUGGUGUUCUCGAUCAUCAAGUUAUGGCUGGGGCCCGUCUUCGGCUCUCUUCUUACUUCGCUCCGAUCAUCCCAAAAGCUUACCGAUGCGACACCGAAAGAAAUACGCACUUUCGGGGCCGGUAGCAACCAAAGCUGGCGGGGUCGCGGACCCCCUUCAGCAUAUCCAAUCACCAAUAUCACCUUCAACGAGAGUGAAGAGCGCAUGGUGAACGAGUACAAGAUGCAAGACGUCAAGACCUGGGGUGAUCCCCAUGCCGAUAGUACUAGCGGAACCACGAGAUCAAACAGCGUCCGAAGAAGUCACAGCAAUCGGCGGAAGAAUACUGAUAUCCGAAAGGAUGUAGAAGUCGCCAUCACUACAGAGUACAUGCCGCCGGCGAAAGACGCUGAGGGCAAUGUCAAGGCUCUGUCGCCAAGAACCUUCACCUUUGCCAGAGGGCCGAAGAGACAAUCUGUGAAUAAUCCUGGCAAUCAGAUAUGA